CCUCCGCCUCGCGCAAGGAGGGCAUCGACGCGGCGGCCGCCUUCGAGGGCCUCUCCUCCGGCGCCUCAACCGAGUUCGACGCGGAGGUGGCCAGCGGCGCGACGUUCCUCGCGGACAAGGGGUUGCCCGCCGCGCAGCCGCUGCUGCUUCUCAACGGCCUGCUCACGCGGCUGGGCGACAACUUCGAGCAGGAGAUCAUGCAGACCCUCUCCGCCGAGGUGCGCACCGUCCAGCGCCUCGUCCGGACGGGCAAGCUCACCGACGAGCACCAGGACGUGUACGCGACGAUCGCCAACGCGACGGCCACUUUCCCGCGCUACAACGAGGCGCUGCUGCAGCCGAUCGACAAGGUGGUGAUGGCCGGCCUCAAGCCGUCGGCCCACCUCGGCGCGAUCAAGUGGCUCGCGACGCCGCCCGCGCCGCCCUCGCCGCCUUCGGAGGCUGCGCCGCCCGUUGCGGCGCCGCCGCCGGCGGAGGAGGAUAUGUACGCGUAUGCUGGGGCGAGGGCCUGCCGGUGGGGAGCGGCGCAGCGCUCGCGCGUUGGUUUUGCCGCGUGGGAGAAGCUGCUCCAGACCACACACGACUUCGGGGCGGCGCGGCGGCUGCUCGCCCUGCUGCACGCGGCGGCGCUGGCCGGAGAGGCCCUCACGCCCGAGCUGCUGGCGAGCGCGGUGCCCGAGGCCUUCUCCGCAGCAGAGACUGCGAACCUCAUCGCCGGCGUGAAGUCGGUGGUGGCGCCGCACCACGCUGCGCUCUGCCGCUCGCUCGGCGUCUCCGCGGCGCCGGCGAUCGUCGUCAACGGGCGGCUGGUCGACGCGGCGACGGCGGGCAAACUCGACGCCGCGCCGGGGGCGACGCUCGUCCGCGAGUUGGUUGGCGAGGAUGCAGCCGAGGAGGCGGCAGACGCAGGCGGCGCCCCGUCGGCCGAGGAGUUCGGCCAGCGGUCAGACUUGCUCAUGCUGGCGGCGCUCGAGCUGACGGCGGUGCUCGACCCGCUCUCCAAGGAGGCGCAGCGCGCGGUGCCCAUCCUGAUGGCGCUGCACGAGUCGCUCGGCCUCUCCGUCACGCUGCACCUCAACCCGAGCUUGCAGAUCGACAAGUUCCCGCUCGAGUCGUUCUACCGGUACGUCGUGUCGCUCGAGCCGAGCUUCGACAACGCCGGCCGAUCGCUCAGCCCGCAGCUCGACCGCGCCCUCUUCUCGUCGCUGCGCACGCCACAGGUGCUGACGCUGCACGUGGACGCACCCGAGGCGUGGCUGCUCGAGUGCACCGAGGCGGCGUACGACAUGGACAACCUGCGGCUCGCCGAGCUGGGCGACCGUCGGACGGUGUCCGCCGUGUACGAGCUCGCGUCGCUCCUCAUCACGGGCAGCUGCGAGGACGUCGGCUCGCGCCACCCCCCCAACGGGCUGCAGCUGCUGCUCGGGACGACCGCACAGCCGCACGCGACCGACACACUCGUCAUGUCCAACUUGGGCUACUUCCAGCUCAAGGCGGCGCCCGGCGUGUGGGAUCUCUCCCUCGCGCCAGGGCCCUCUUCCGAGGUCUUCACCCUCCGCACGGCUCCCGCCCUCCUCGCCGCCGGCCACUCGACGCGCGCGUUUCGCGGAGGCAUGCAGCGCAUCGACCCCGCCACUCUCAACGACGCGGCGGCGGUGCGGGUCACUAUGGCGGACUUUACGGGCGCAAACAUCCUGCUGCUCGCGCAGAAGCGGCCCGGGCUCGAGUCGUGGUGGUCGGGCGGCGAGAAGGGCGACGCCAGCGAGACUGUGCACGUCUUCUCUCUCGCGCACUUGUACGAGCGCUUCCUCAAGAUCAUGCUGCAGUCGGUGCUGCAGCGCACAAAGCGGCACGUCAAGUUUUGGUUCCUCAAAAACUUCCUCUCGCCCGCCUUCAUCGGCUCGCUGCCGGCGAUGGCGGCGGCGCUCGGCAUCGAGCGCGGGCGGGGGCAUGCGCUCGGCUUUGAGUACGGGCUCGUGCAGUACCAGUGGCCCUCGUGGCUCCACAAGCAGACCGACAAGCAGCGCAUCAUCUGGGGCUACAAGAUCCUCUUCCUCGACGUGAUGUUCCCCCUCUCGGUAGUCAACGCCGACGUUGGCGAGUUGUGGGACAUGAAGCUGCCCGGCCGCGCGGCGGUGGCGAUGACGCCAUUUUGCCAGGCGGACGCCAACCCCGACACGACGGGCUUCCGCUUCUUCGCGCAGGGCUACUGGAGGGACCACUUGCAGGGGCGGCCGUACCACAUCUCGGCGCUCUUUGUCGUCGAUCUGCACAAGUUCCGGCGGCGCGCGUACGGCGACCAGUACCGCGUCUUUUACGAUUCGCUCUCCAAGGACCCGAACUCGCUCUCCAACCUCGACCAGGACCUGCCCAACUACGCGCAGCACGUGGUGCCCAUCCACUCGCUUCCAGAGGAGUGGCUCUGGUGCGAGACGUGGUGCGGCAACACCUCCAAGCCGCGCGCAAAGACCAUCGACCUCUGCAACAACCCGCUCACCAAGGAGCCCAAGCUCAGCCAGGCGACGCGCGUGAUUGGCGAGCGCUGGUCGGCGCUCGACGCGGUCGCAAAGGGCAUCGAGGAGGCCGAGUCGCCGGCGCAGCCGAGCAGGGACGAGCUGUGACCGCGGCGAGCGGCCAACUGCGGUCCGAUGGUUGUGGAUGCAUCACUGUGCGCGGGCCGUCCCCGCGUCUCCCGUCAAAGAUUCUCUCCAGUCAACACGCGAGGUGUCUAGACAGCUUGUGUGAAAUUAUCGCACUCCCUCGGGGGUUGUCAU